AUGCUGAAGCGCGCAGUCUUUGGGCUCACUCUCCCUGCCGCCGAGCGGCGUCGCCCGGAGCUGGCGAAGGGAAAGGCGAAGGCAAACGUGCGGUCUCCGCGGAAACAGCGUCUGCAGAGUCGCCACGCGCGCGAGAGGUUCAGCGAUGAAUCGUCCGAAGACGACGACCUUGCGCGAGAGAACAUCGAAGAGGAUCCGUCCUCUUCAGACCAGGAAAACGGGGAGAAUUCGUGCGAGGAGAGCGAAGAAGAAGUCCUGGAUGCGACUGCGAAACUCGCCCUCAUUAAGAAGGCCGCUGCACUCUACGCCACAGACCCGCACUCGUUCUUUGAAGCCAUGAAACGCCACGACGCGGAUCUGCAGCUGCCGAAAGAGAAAGGAAAAGGCAAGCACAAGAAGAGCGGCGCUGCCGAAGAAGCGACGCGAGAGGGGAAGGCAGUCAGACGCGGCGGCAAGCGCGCUGAGCAGAAGGAGGCGGAGACCAGUCUCUCCGAGGACAGCGAGGACGAGUUCGCUAUUUACGACGCUUCUUCCUCGGACGAAGGAGACGCCCAAGCGAGAGAGGAAGACGACGUGGACGAACCGGCGGAACAAAACUUUCGAGGUCACUUUCAGUGCAAAUUGUGUCCCAAGAAAAUCUUCAUCUUCGAGGCCGACCUGGAACGACACCUACAGUCGAAAAAGCAUCUUCGGCGAGAAGCAGAGUGGGAGAAGGAGCACGGCAUAUCACGCGAGGAGGGGGAGGAAGCGACUGAUGAGACGCCGACUGCCUCCACUUCAAAAGCCGGCAAAAGGAAGGGCCGGAGAGCUUCUGAAGAGAGCGAGCCUGACCAGUCUGAAUCGACGAGGAAGAGUCAGCAGAAAGAGAAACGCUCGCAAGGAGGCGAGGGCGACGCGCGACGCGAAGAGCCCACUGACGCUACACAGAGCAAAAGGCAGAAAAAAGGGAAAUCGCGAGACUCGGUGACACGCGAAAGCGGAGAGCAAGGUGACGGGACGAAUACAAAUCGAAGAAAGAAGCGGCAGCGAAGGGCUCUCGCCUCCACUAUUGGCGUGUCUGCGGUGUCUCUGCCUUCAGAAGGACGGUUCCUGUCGAUGAGGCGGAGAUUCAGAGAAGGAAAGAAAAAUUUCAGCGCAAGAAAGCCCGCCGACUUGCGCGGAAGCAAGGCCUCGCAACUGCUCCAGCGGCGAGGGCCAGCGACGAAUAAGAAAUGGUUUCGAAGCAGCCUUUUGCGAGAAGCGACAUCCACUUUCCGUGUUUUUGGUGCUGAAGAACAAGCGGUAGUUUCAUCUUUGCGCUGCGUACCGCAAACGUUGUUUGUGGGAGAUCACUGGUGUCAUGCCCCCGGGACCAUGUUUCUCCAGUAA